AUGACUACAGGAGAUACAGACAUGCCGUGUGUGAUCACGGGGUCCUGUAUCUCCAAGCAGGGAAAAGCUGUACGCAAAAUGAGCACGCCAGAACAGAUCUGCUUCUGUGCUUGGUGUGCUGCAUCUGUCCGCAUAUCAUGUCCACCUGGCUGGUUCUUCUACAGAUCACAUUGCUAUGCCAUAGGUAAGAACCCAGCAACAUGGGCUGAUUCAGAGUAUGACUGUACAAGUUAUGGACAUGGUGCUCACCUUGCCUCCAUCAUGGAUGAGUCAGAGGCGUCCAUUAUUGCUAGCCAUGUGUCUGCAAGCCAGGAUUCAGAUGGAGUGUGGAUAGGACUGCAUGACCCUGACAAGAACGGCCGCUGGAAAUGGACGGAUGGAUCCAUGUAUAAUUUUCGAGCCUGGAAAACAGGUGUUCCAGAUAAUGCCAAAGGAAAAGAAUUUUGUGUUGUACUAAUCAGUGGCUCCAAAUAUAAGAAAUGGAAUGAUGUGGCGUGUGGAGGAAAGAAGAACUAUGUCUGUAAAUUUAAGCCGUGA